AGAUUUUAUUGUGGUGGGUUUGACAGCCGUUGGCUGGCUGAGUGGGGUUUGACAGUAGCUUGCUGUUGCAUCGUAUGUCGGUUCGAAUACUCAGAAAGUUGCUCAAAGUUUGCUAAGUAGCUUAAGUGACACUAUUAAAAUUUACUAGACGACAUUUUGCUCCUAACCGUCCCUAUGGCGUCUGUUCAGAGUUUGGCGUCUGGGUUCUCUCUGGACCUGGGACCACUGAAAGAACCUCUCGGAUUUAUUCGUGUCUUAGAAUGGGUUUUUGCUAUCUUUGCGUUCGCCACCACCGGAGGUUACUCUGGAAAAACCACCAUAAAAGUCCCCUGUGAACCGCCAUUGGGUAAACAUGAUGUCACAGCUGUGUUCGGCUACCCGUUCAGAUUGGGAGCCCAUUCAUUUGACAUUUCUUGUAAUGGCACUCCGAUCAUCAGCCACCUCCAGGGUGACUUCUCCCCCUCUGCAGAGUUCUAUGUCUGCGUUGGUGUGUUUGGGUUCCUUUACUGCACCGCUACUCUGAUCCUCUACUUGGGCUACCAGAGUGUCUACCGUCAGACCAGCCGCGGCCCCAUCAUUGACCUGGUGGUGACUGUCCUCUUUGCCUUCCUGUGGCUCGUGUCCUCCUCAGCUUGGGGCAAAGGCCUGACUGAUGUCAAGUGGGCCACCAACCCCAACAACGUAGCGUCGACAUAUAAAGAUUGUCAACCCGGAGAGUAUCCGUCCAUGGGUCGCCUGAAUGCUUCAGUGAUUUUUGGCUUUCUUAACUUGAUCCUGUGGACAGGAAACUGCUGGUUUAUUUACAAGGAGACCCAUCUCCACAAAGACCCCAGCCAAGCAGCCACGAUGGAGGAAGGCGGCGCCCGAGGGCCGUUACCCCAUCCUCAGUAGCCUUAAGCUCCAACCGGCUCUUAUGUUAGCCUGCUGAAAGGGGAAACAAAGGAAGGCCGAUCGCCAUUUAUUUUCUGUUCAGCCCUACCAUGUUGUUUGAUUUCUCUCCAAACAGCUCUUGAUGUCAAGUCGUUAAAAACACUAAGUGCAGACUCAAAUUUUAAAUGCUUUCACACUGUAUAACCUGGAACUUCCAGUUGGUUCGAUUUGGUUGAAAUAUGCAACUUUAUGGAUUUCGGUAAAGCUGACAAAACCAGACAACCAAUACUCUAAACUGCUGAGACACUAAAAAAAAUCUUUGGCUAUUUUUGUAUGUGUCUUUUUUUUCUUCUUUUUUUUUUUUGUAUGUUUUUUUUUUUUUUAGAACAACAGGUGUAUGUUUUAUCUUAAAGUUCUUUAUUUUUUAUUUCAGCCUCGAAAGCAAACUAAAGUGUCUUUGGAACAAUUUUGUGUUUUUACUGUUUGUUUUCUGUUGAACUCCAGAUCCAGGAAACUGGACUGGUUUCCAUGAGCUCACAGUGGAGGUGAAGCUUCAGGCAAACUGGGUUUAUUUCCUGUAAUGUAAUGUUGAACCUGUUCAGUAACACUAAGAGUCAUCUUCAUUUGAACCAAAAUGUGCCUUACUGUAAUAUUAUUUAUAUGCAGUUCAUGUGAAUUUUUGUCAACACUAAUCAGUUUGCUGCUUUUUUUUAAGUUUUCUUUCUAUUUUCGCUGAAGAAAAAAAGUUCCAUAGGCAGCUUCUCUGUGACUACUUUUAUUUCCUUCUCCCUUUUUUUUUUUUUUUUUGUCCAGUUUUAGUCCUCAGCUAGGUAUGUUUAGUCUAAUUGUCAGAUUUAAAAUCCCAAACAUGCUUGACAGGCAAAGGUCAGUCUCCCUUUAAAUGAACUGUAAAAUGUUUGUAACCAGACAGGCUCAGCCAUGGAGAAUUUUUUUGGUUUCUGACUCUUGACAGAAUAGAUUCUUGCAUUGUACCAGGAAUGAAUGUACCUGUGUGGAGGGAACAUUGGUUGACAUGUUUUAAACACUACCAAGGGCAGUAUGUCACAUUGAAAAUUAUUGAUUUAAACCCUCAGCAUCAGUUUUAAAGAUUUAGUCAGACAUAAUGAUAUAUUGUAUGUUUGUCUAUUGGAUUAUUGACAAUGAAACGGAAUGUUUUUAUGCCUCAUUUGUGCGGAAGGAAGCACUUGUUUUUCUGUAUUGACUCAAAUACAAGAGCUGCGCAACUGAA